AUGGCCACUUCCUUCGAUGUCGCCGUGGUGGGUGCGGGUCUGGGAGCCUUCCAUGCAGCAGAGGAGAUUGCUAAGAAGAGCAAAAGCACCAAGGUGGCGUUCAUUUUCGGCUAUACCUUUCAGGAGUUCCCACUCGCGGCAGCAAUGUACUUGAACAAUCCAGAUGAGCACGAGAAGUGGACCUGUGGCAUUCCAGAAAAGUGGCAGCAGAGGUGGCCCAAUGUCCAAUACUUCUUGAGCUCUGCAGAGAGGAUUGACUGCGACAAGAAGGAGAUCAGGCUAGUGAACAAGGGACCAGAUGCAGGAGCAUUGAUUUCAUACAAAGCUGUGAUUCUGGCCACGGGCAGCAAGAGUCCCCUGAUCUCUCCUUCUCCAGGCAUGUCUUUGUCAGAGCGUAUCGCAGAGGUGCAAGCUUGUGGGAAGGCCCUCAGGAGUGCCAAGACUGUGAUCUUCAACGGAUCCGGCCUGGUGGGUGUUGAAAUGUGUGGAGACUUCCGAGUGCAGAACGGCUACUCUGCACGCAUCAUUUUGCUUUCUCGUUCCGGCAAGGUCUUGGACACAGACUUUGGGGAAAAGUCUCAGUCACCCAAUCCGGCAGUCGUCCAGAGGGUCACAGACAUCCUGACCAGGAAGUUCAAGGUCGAGGUGAAGCAUGGAUCUGUGUCAGAUCCCAAAUUCUCAGAUGCAAUCCUAUCUCCUGGCAGCCUGAAGCUGGAUGAUGGUGAGUCUUUGGACUUUGAUGUCUACAUUCCUUGCUUUCCGGUGGGCCCCAAUACCGGCUCCCUAGUGUCUUCCAAGAGGGACUUGUUGGAUGCCAAAGGUGCUUUACUCACCAAUGAAAGCCUCCAAUCCACCAGUCAUCCAGAGGUCUUCGGCGUGGGGAUCACCAGCACGAAGGUCCCUGGUCACCCAGUCUCCGCACGCAUUACUGCAGCAAGUCAGCACUGUGCGCUUCAGGCACUUGCGGUCAUUGAAGGCAAGCCGGUGCAAGUUUUCAAGGACAAAGGUGCCCCACCACCUAUGGCACACCCCAUGAACGUGAAGAUCGGCCAUGGUCCGGGUGGCUACCUGAUUUGGACAUCUCUCCCGGGACCUGCCAAAGUUUGUUGCUGCCAGUGCUGUCAAGGUGGCUUCCCUUGUUGCCCACCUCCCUGCUGCUGGUGCUGCGUCGCCGGGUGCUCUGGCGUUUGCGGCACAUGUGGCGGACCCGCUGAGGGUGAGGCACCAGCCAUUUUCAUGAAGUCCUUGUUGCAGAAGUUCCAGAUCCAUGGCUACAAAGGUUUUGGCGAAUAUGGUGGAGAAGUACCCAAGCAAGAUAAGAUGACUUGA